CAGUCGUGCUGAAAGAGAGUACAGAGGCUACUCCUACUCCUACUACAACCUUAAGCCGCUGCACUUUCUACCUGUUACCCACGUACUAUGGGCUCGUCACGGGCUGCCUUCGUGGUACUGCUACUUUUACCAAGCCUCGCCUCCGCCAUUGCCAACCUGGACGAGAUUCUGCACUCUGUGUCGAAGCAAAAUAAAAUCCUCCACUCGAAGAAAGGCCAACUCACACCCCUUCAGUUACUAAAGCAGAGUGUUGGUCUGAAAUACGAGAGGCGUUCGGCAUCUCCGGGAAACGAGACGCACACUCCAUUCGAGGAAAAGAAUAUUGUCGUAGAUGCGGUGCUCAAGAAAGUGUUUGACUCAGUACUGAAGCGUAUCUAUUUGCCGUACAGUAAAAACGCAAAUGAGGAAUGCAAAAUAGACCUCAAGGAUAGUACUUUCUACAAUAAUUUGAAGGAGCGGAAAUUAUGGGCACUCCAGAUGGUGGACUCCUGGGGCAAACUUCCUGACGGUUUCCUCUUCGGCAACCUUCGCUCGACCGGGAUGUACGAGGAAUGCCUCAACGUGUGGGCGAACUUCACCUACAAGCCAGGAAUCAUCGGCCCCUCCGUCAUUAGGAACUACACGGGGCGUUACUGUCAGAUUUAUUACGACCUGGCUCCCAAAAACGAAUCUCAGCAGAGCGUCAGGAGCGGCAUUCCCAUGGAGGACCCGAGCUCCCCCCUGCCCUUCUCCUACGGCACCUGCAUCCCCUCCAGCUGCUCCUCCGACGAUAUGUGGAUAUCGAUCAACGAAACCCUACCACCGCUUGGCCUGGUUGUCUCCCACAUCGAGUGUUAUAACGUCGACGACCCACCUGAAGACCUGACUCCGGGCGACCAGACCAUGUUGUCGUUCAUCGGCAUUUUUGGAAUACUCGUGGCUCUGUCAACGAUAUACGACGCUACGACCUCGCAUCUUGAGAGGAGCCACAUGCGAGCGGGCGCGUGGCAAAUAUUCAUAGGAUUUUCGCUAUACAGUAACUUGCAGCGAAUAUUUACAUACAAGAUAUCAAGGAGUUCAAACGUAAUCUCCUGUCUUCCGGCUUUGAGGGUCGUGACCAUGUUAUGGAUCAUUGUUGUUCUUCAGUACGAAGUCGCCACAGAUUACUUAGCUAACACAGUUGACUCCCCUCGUUACCAAGACCCAUUAAUAGCCCAAAUAGUAACCAAUGGCUGGCUAGCAGUGGACACCUUCCUCUUCCUGACGGGGCUGCUCGUGACCUACCGUCUCCUGCCCUUCGCCGUGCCCUCCGGACCCAUGCGAACGCGUCAGAUGGUCGGCCUCUACGCUAAGAACUUCGUCAGGCGGUUCUUCAGACUCUCCCCCACAAUCCUGUUCGUGUCCCUCUUCUCCGCGACGCUCCUGCGCUUCUUCGCCUACGGCCCCCGAGCGGAUGUCCUGACGUCCUUCACUCGCGACCGCUGCGGACCUCACUGGUGGAAGGACCCGCUCUUCGUCAACAACUACAUCCUCGGACACAACGAAGGACAUGAUGUUAACGAUUGCCUGGAUCACUGCUGGUACACUGCAGUCGACAUGCAGCUUCUCCUGAUUCUGCCUCUGUUGCUGCUGCCUCUCGCCCUCCAUCGCGUUGCAGGCCUGUGUUGGCUGGGCGUGGUAAGCCUGGGGUCGCUCCUGACGCCCAUGAGCAUCAUCCUGGCAUACGACCUUCCCCCCGUGCCUCUCCACUACAUGUCGUGGGUGCCACUUUAG